AAAGAAAAUAUUUGUUUUUUUUUUGUUGGUUGAAAAUGGCAGUGAAUCCAAAAUUAUUUCCUCAUGGAAUGCCAGUUCCAUUUCUCAAUGAAUUGUUCGUUUUCGCAAGCGAUGAAAUUGAAUUUGAGAUCAAUAAGAUCCCUCGUUUAGGAAAAGUACAAGCCAAAGGAACCAUCUACUUGUCGAAUAUACGGAUGGUCUUUGUUGCAAAGAACCCUAGUGACAACUUCAUUGCUUUUGACAUUCCUUUGCUUUCUGUUCAUGGUGAAAAAUUAAAUCAACCAAUAUUUUUCUGCAAAAACUUUUCUGGAUAUGUGAAUCCGGUUAUACCUGCUAACGAUAAUGAAAACAGGAUCAUUCCUCAUUCGUUUAAAAUUUUGUUCAAGGAAUGUGAUUGUGAGACUUUCAUCUCAAAAGUUUUCAAUCUAAUCGGAAAAGUGAGACGACGCUACCGUCGAUCAAGGGAAAAGCAUUGCAUAGAUCCCCGUCAUGACGCAACCAAAACACCAGUCGAUGAGAUGACGAGAUAUGCUUAUGUCGACCCCAGUGAUCCGACAAGUAUCUUCUUGCAGCAGCCUACUCCAAAGUCUCGACUCAGGUGUCAUACGUACCAGUCGCAGCCUACUGCUGAAACGUCUAGAUAGCUCUUGCUUCAGGUUAACCCGAUAAUGCAACUUGUGCGCGAGAUGCAUCUUUUGCUUGAUUGAUGCCUUCAGAUCUCUCCAUACAGAGAAAAAUUGUGAGUUUGUUUUGUAUACGAUGCAGGAGUGGAGCUAGGUGGUUCAUCCAAACCUCCUUCCCCGGAGGUCUUUUCCAUUUCUUUAUAAAAAAAUAAAAAUAAAACAUUUCAAGCAGACCUUGGAACAUAUAGGCUUUAAAAUGCUGCUGAAGCAUUUAUGUAGUCCAAAAUACAUCAACUCAUUAUUAUGCGUGUCCACAAAAGCAACAAAAGGAGUACAGAAACACCCCCAACCCACAUGACGUUUACAUCUAUUCAAUAAAUACAUGACAUAUGUUUUUAACCGAAAGUACAUGUAACAUAUGUUUUAUUCAAAUAUUCUCCUUUCUAUGAUCAAACACUUGUUAUAUGCAGCACAUUUCUGAGCUACAACCUCUGCAAUAACAUUGAAAGGUACCACAAUUGUAGCAAGAACAACUAGUUUGUAGCCUUGCGCGCAUGCCUGCUACACUCAAUAAAUUCGUUUGUUUUUCUA